AUGACAAAAAAUAUUUCGAAAGAAAAUCUUAAUCCAAAAAAACCUGUAUUAACAUCUAAAUUAAAAAAAUAAUAAAAACUAUUAAAAGAGAAGAAUCUUUUCACAAGAUUUGUCUUUAAGAUUGUAUUCAGAAAUAUUAUGAAGUUUUUAACUACUCAAGACAUCAAAUAAUUAAGGCUUGUAAGCAUUUACACAAACCAUUUAAUAGAAACUAAUCUAGAAUUUUUGUUUUAUCAUAAAAUAUCAAGAAUGAAAUAUAUAUAAACUCUAAAUAUUCGAGACUUUUAACUACCUGUAAUUCCUAAUUUAAUUCAUGUUUAAAAGCCAUUGAGGAAUUUAUUAUCAUAAGGUGGUUGCUUAAAUCUAAUUCCAGAUUAACUUUUAUCAUCAUUAACCUUACUUGCUGAUUUAUAUACAGUAUCAAAACCUUAAGGUGAUAAGAAAAAUCAAUAUUAAACAAAAUACGAUAUCUUAUAAAUUGUUAACAUCUGCCUUUAAAAAUAACCUUUUAAUUGGUAUGCAUUAAAUGAGAAGGAAAUAAGAUUGAUUAAGAAACAUAUAUUUAUAGAAAAUUAAAGAAGAAUCAAAAAGAUAAAUAUUUCUACAAAAAUUAAUUAAAAUAAAUAGAUAAAUUUUAGAGAUUUCAAUGUUUUAAUAAAAUAUGUAAAGAAUCUAUGUGAAUUUUCUACACGACCAGAUUAUAAAGUAAUUUGUGAUGCCUAUAAGAGAGAUAAAAUAAUUCUAACAAUUUAAAAAUAAUAGAGAUUUUUGAAUAAUUUACUCAUAAAAAUAAAAUCAAAAUAAAGUCAAUUAGAAAAGAUUUCAAAUUUAGGAAAUUUAUUUUUUAAAGUUAUACUAUCAUAUUGCUCAAUAGAGGAUAUCAUGAAUACAAGAUAUAUUUGUAAGAAGUUUAAUCAAGAAUUUCAAAAUAAUGCAAAUUUUCAUUAUUAAAUUCAAGUUUUUAGAAUUGAAAAAUAAAUUAACUCAAUAUAAAAUAAUUUUAAUUUAAGUUUAACAUAGAAUGAGUUUUUAUAUAAAACUAAAGAAUAAAAAAAUAGCCUAAUGGAGUUAUUUUAUUGUAUUUAAAAUUAGGAUACAUUGAAGAAAAAAAUAAAUACGAAAGAUUUCUUAUAAAUAAACAGUUAAAAAAUAACUGAUGCCAUUUAUAAAUCGAAAAUUGAUAAUGAACUUUAUUAAAAAUCGAAAAAUCUUAUUAGAUUAAGGUUAGGAAUGGAUGUACUAGUUGAAAGGAAUGCUCCAAAUUUUUUCGCGAAAUUGGAAAAGGUUAAAGAACUGUUGAGUGAAUAUUAUGUUAAAGUACCUCAACUAUAGAAAAAACUACAAGGUAUAUUGAAUCAUUACCAUGAACUAGAAAUUUGA